AUGUUAUAAUUUAUAUGCUUAAUAAUAUCUUUGGUAUCUGCAAGAAACCCAUUUAUUACGGCAUUUGUAAACUCUAUCAAAACAACUUGGACAGCUACCAAUUACGAAAGAUGGAACGAAAAGUCGGAUGGAUUUUACUCCAAGUACUUCAAUGUAAUCGUCGAUCACAGUGAGCCAGUCGAAUACAAAUAUCAUGAGAAAUUAGAAAAUUUGCCACCAAGUUUUUCAGCUUAAGAAAAAUGGCCUGGUUGCCCAUCUAUUGAGUUGAUUCCAGACCAAGGGAACUGUGGUUCUUGUUGGGCAGUAUCAGCUGCCUCUACAAUGAGCGAUCGUCUUUGUAUUGCCUCUGGUCAAACUGAUAAGAGACAGAUUUCUGCUGAAGAUCUUUUAAGUUGUUGUGGAAUUAAUUGUGAACUAGAUGGUAAUGGUGGUUGUGAUGGUGGCUAUCCUUAUGGGGCUUGGAAAUAUUUAAGGGUUGAUGGAAUAGUUACAGGAGGAACAUACAAUGACUUUAGUUUAUGUAAACCUUACUCUUUUCCUCCUUGUAGUCAUGGGAAUGAUUCUGGAAAGUAUUCAAAAUGUGAAAAUGAUUUUUUCAUGUUGACCGAAGUCACUCCCUCAUGCACCAAGAAAUGUCAUCCUUAAUUCUCUAGAACCUAUGAUGUUGAUAAGAUCAGAUCAAGAGAAAACCCUUAUAAACUUAUUAAAGAUUAAGAGCAAAUAAAAAAUGAGAUCUAUUUGAAUGGACCUGUUUAAGCAGUGUUCACAGUCUUUGAUGAUUUCUUAAAUUAUAAAUCAGGUGUCUAUCAAUAGACAACCGGAUAAAGAAGAGGUAAACACGCAGUCAAGAUUAUUGGGUGGGGAACUGAAAAUGGAGUACCUUAUUGGGAAGCUAUAAACUCAUGGAACGAUGGCUGGGGUAUCAAUGGAAAGUUCAAAAUUUUAAGAGGGUUCAACCAUCUAGAUAUUGAAGGAGAGGUUUAUGCAUCUAUUAUUUGAUUAAAUGAUGCAAUUAUCAUGUUCAUUUUAUUAAGUAUUCGUUUAAAAAUA